AUGGGUAGUUUUACACUUCUGGGGCUUUCUGAGAACCCUUAUCACCGGCUUCCUCUCUUUUCUUUCUUUUUGUGCUCCUACUGUCUUUGCAUAGCUGGAAACUGUCUGAUUUCAUUGAUUAUUGUAACAAAGCCUAAGCUCCACACCCCUAUGUACAUUCUGCUUGGAAAUCUAUCAGUGGUUGAUGUUUGCUUGGCAUCGGUCACAGUCCCCAGGGCUAUGUGUGGCCUACUCUUUGGUAAGACCUCCAUAUCAUUUAGUGGUUGCUUUCUGCAGCUCUUCCUUUUUCAUGCAGUAGGCAACAUGGAUAGCUUUCUUCUAGCUAUUAUGGCCCUGGACCGAUAUGCAGCAAUAUGUCAACCUCUUCAUUACUACUCUAUUAUGAGUAGAAGGACAUGUGUCUGCCUGAUCACCUUGUCCUGGGUUGUUGUCUGCCUCCACUCUACCUUGUUCACAUUAAUGACAUUUUGUCUUUCGUUAUGUGCUUGGGUUGUACAUCACUUCUUUUGUGAUAUGCCGGCCAUUCUAAUGCUUUCCUGCAGAGAUACAUCUGCUCAACAAAUGGUUGUCUUUAUUGAAGGUUCAGUUAUUGUUAUGGGCCCCAUGUUGUUUAUUCUAGGCUCCUACAUUUUAAUCAUUAGAACUGUGUUAAGGCUGCAAACCUCUUCUGGAAGAAAAAGGACCUUUUCCACAUGUUCCUCUCACCUUACUGUUGUAGUAAUCUUCUAUAGCUCUAUCAUUUUCAUGUACUUUCGACCCAGUUGCCUUUACUCACCACUGUACGACAGAGGAGUCAGUGUGGUGUACAGUGUCCUUACACCAAUGCUUAAUCCUAUCAUAUAUAGCCUAAGAAACAAAGAAGUCAAAGCAGCUGUAAAGGGGAUUGUACAAUGUGGAGAAAAGAAAAGGGGGAUCAAGUUAAUAAAGAGCAGCGGGGUAAGUGACAUCUUUAGCUAA